CAUGUUUCAAUAUUUUUGUAUAUAUAUGAUUAAUUACUUAACAAUCUUAAUAAAAAGCAAUCAGUGAUGGGUAUCUUUGAAGGCAACCAGCACAUAAGGAUCUUUGUCACAAUAUGUUUCUCCAUUGUAGCAAGUACACACUCACUGCAAUGUUUAGGGAGAAGUGGAGAGUUCGAGUGUUGUAACGGUUAUAUGUGGAACGAAACGUUGAGGAACUGUGACACAAGGUGUCUACCUGGAUACUUUGGUAAUAACUGUACAAGACAUUGCAGUCCUGGUCGUUACGGAGAGGGAUGCUCCAACCUGUGUACAGAAUGUGAGGUGUCUCGAUGCAAUGUAUCUUUUGGUUGCCCUGUAUCAACAACAGAAAUUCCUACGCCGAUAAGGGUACCAGAGAUGCAAAGACUGAAUCAAAGAAGUGAGAAUGUAUCUAUGGAAUCGGUCUCAAAAGCAAAUUCCCAAAUUUCAGGAGAAAAAACGCAAGGCAUCCCAUGGCAAAUAUUGUCUGUAGCGUUUUCCAUUUCAACAUUUGCUGUAGUAUUGCUGUAUAUUACCAAAAGAAGCUGCAAAAAACCAAAAGCUGUGAUGGCGCCAGGAGAAACCUCAAAGGUUACAUGGCCGAGCAACAUAGCGGAGGGACAAAAACUUGGAUACCAAAACUAUCAACCUUUGCAUAAUGAAGCUGUGUUCAAUGGAACAGCCAAUGUGACCAUCAACAUGGACACUGAAGAUAGGAACUUUACUGUUGUUAUGAAGACUGACCAGAAUGAUAGAGGGUUAACAAGACUUGAUACAACAGAGCCAAAAAGAAACAUGGGUAACUCCAUAAAUGAAAGUGGAAAGAUCUACGAAUCCUACAUAAACAGAGAAACCUUUUAGAGGUUAACAAAAAUAAGAUUUUUCAUCCCUUAAUUUUCAAUGCAGCUGAAAAAGAAAAAUGUUCCGUUCUCCAAUACUACAUGUAGUUUUUGAAGCUAUCUUUAUAGUUGCAUAUUCAAGCUUUUCGAGGAUUUAAUCUAAAUUGGCGAGUCAAUAAGUACAUGUAAGUGGUACUCAGUACGUGAACGUAUUAAUAAAAAAGUUAACCAACAAAUAAGGAUCAUAAACAUCAAUUUAAUUUUCAUUAGAAAACAGGAAACCGGAAAGAAGCAUCCUGGUAAUCUAUUUGUUGGAAGGUCGAUGAUUUAAAAAUUAUUUCAUGUCUUUAAUUGAUUGGUG